UGAAGAACAACUUCUGCCUGCAAAACAGGAUUGUAGCUUCAGUAUGGUGAAGGAGGAUCCUUCAAAGAGGAGGACCAGGUGCCACGGACCCUCUGGCGUCACCUUUUCCUCUUUGACACAGACUCUUCCCUGUAAAAAGGAAGAGGAAGACUCACUGACCCCCCACAUUAAAGAGGAAGCGAUGGAACACAGCAUCAGUCAGGAAGGAGAUCAUCUUGAAGGACUGGUGGAGUUCCCAGUGACUGGUGUCCCUGCGGAGAUUGAAGAUGAUGAGGUCAAAGCUGAAAGUGAGGAGAGGGAAGGGGGGGAGCCUCCAAGCAGCAGCUCAACACAACACAUGACAACAGAAGCUGAUGGAGACCACUGUGGAGGAUCACAAGCAGACAAGCUCUUAGCUCCACUAUCAGAUAGUGAGGACACAACGUCACACUCUCCUGACACUGAUGAUGAAGACUCUAAAGAGUUAUGUCACACUGACAACACUCACUUCAAAUGUUCUCACUGUGACCAAAGCUUUAAAAACCAUAGUCAUCUGAAAAGACACAUGAGAACACACACUGGAGAUAAACCUUUUUCUUGUUCAAUCUGUGGCUUAUCUUUUACAAGGAAGGACAAUAUGAAAGAUCACACAAGAACACAUAAAGGAGAAAAAACGUUUUUGUGUUCUUUGUGUGAUUCGAGAUAUGCACGAAGUCGAGAUUUGAAAAAACACCUGAAAAGACACACUGGAGAAAACCUUUUUAAUUGUUCUGUGUGUAAUUCAAGUUUUGUCGAAGAUGAACAUUUGAAAAGACACAUGAGAACACACACAGGAGAAAAACCUUUCACCUGUUCACUUUGUAGUAAAGGUUUUGCACAAAGUCACAAUUUAAAAGUACACAUGAGAACACACACUGGUGAAAAACCUUUUUCCUGUUCAACCUGUGGUAAAGGUUUUACACACAGUCAGAGUUUGAAAGAACACAUGACAAUACACAGUGGAGAAAAGCCCUUUUCCUGUUCAAUUUGUGGUGAAGAUUUUGUACGUCGACAGUCUGUAAAAGUACACAUGAGAACGCAGACUGGUGAAAAACCUUUUUGUUGUUCAAUCCGUGGUAAAACUUUCACAGAAUGUCGUUUGGAUUGACACACAAGAUCGCACACUGGUGAAAAAGAUUUUACCUGUUCAAUCUGUGUUAAAGGUUUUACAAAAAGUCAGUAUUUGAAAGUACACAAAAAAACACACACUGGUGAAAAACUUUUUUUCUGUUCAAUCUGUGGUAAAGGUUUUACAGAAAGUCAGAAUGUGAAAAGACACAUGAGAACACACACUGGUGAAAAACUUUUUUCCUGUUCAAUCUGCAACAAAAGCUUUUGUGAUCGAUCAAACCUUGCAGCACACAUGAGAACACACUCAGGAGAGAAAGUGUUGAGUUGCAGUGUGUGUGGUGAAAUAUUCUCUUAUAAGUACCAGUGUAAGAAACACAAGUGUGCUGGUGAGAACAGCAGCAGCAAAUGAAACUGCAGGAUUUGAAAUAAACGGUCAAAAUUUUAACUUUGACUUUCUAACAACAUCAGCACAUAUAACAUGUGUGACAUUGUUGUUUGUGUAACAAUCUUUUUAAUAUGCUCCUACAUUUAUGGAUUAGAUAUUUUAUAUUAGUGCUUUUUUCAGUCGUGUACAUGCAUUAAUAUGCAACAAUAUGUAUUGUUAUUAAAAAUUGAAAAGAAGAAAGAGUAAACACUACAAUACAUAGUUUACAUACAGUAAACAUUUUAUGUGUAUAUACAUCCAUCAGAAAAUGUUUAGACUUAUUUGUAUUUGAGUUUUUAUAGGUAUUUGAAAUAUUGAAGUGUGACAUGGAUUAGCACCCUUAUAUGAUAUACAUAUUUACUGGUUCACAUCUGAAACAUCUUCUGGACCACUUCAGGAAGCAUAUUAUUAUUUACUUUAUACAUCAUUUGAACAGUUGUCUUUUAUACAAUUUAAAACAUGUUUGACUUUAUGAACUAUUUGUUGGGUCUCUAUAAUCCAUUGUAUUAAUGAUCUUUAUUGUUCUCUUUUGUAAUAUGAUGAUUGUGUUGUGAUUGUUUUAUAUGUAUGUCUCCAGACCUUUAUGCAACAUAAAAGUGAGAGAAAACAACUGAAAUUGUUUGUGAUAGAAUGGUUUUGUUUUUACAAACUUGCAUUUGUGGGUAAAACAAAAACCCCCAUUAUUGUGUUUUAAACAUUUCUUAUUGUUGUUUUUCUUUUUAACAUCCCCAAAACAAUAUCAAUAUCAAUCAAAGUUUGGAGUGUCAGGCAAAAGCCAAUGUUGUACAUCAUCCCACACAUAUUUUCUUUGCAUA